UGAGUGUCGCCUGUCCCCUCCCCUCAGGAGGAUGCCCCCAGAGCUGCCGCUGCUGCUGCUGGCGCUGGCGCUGCGCGGGGGGACAGAGACCCCCCCCGUACCGCGCCCGGGCCCCCGCUGCGGGGCGGCCACGCUGGAGACCGUCCUGGCUCGGCUGCGGGAGCUGGAGGGGCAAGUGAGAGCCCUGCAGGAACACUGCGGCCACAGCCAGGGGCCGCAGGCUGGCACCGGACAGACGCUGGCCCGGGAGCUCUGCACCCCCCAGGACGGGGACGGCUGCGACUGCCCCUCCCCACCCGUCCCUCCCCCGUCCCUCCCCCUCGAUGUCUCCCACCCUCCGCUGUCCCCUCCUGCCCCCCCCGUGCCUCCUGUCCCCUGUCCCCUGGGCUGCAGUGACCAGGGCCGGUGCCACCGCGGGCGCUGCCGCUGCUUCCCAGGCUUCACCGGCCCCGCCUGCGCCACGCCUUCCUGCCCCCCCGGGCGGGGCGGGCCCCGCUGCCACCUCGAGAUCCCCUCGGUGUCCCCACGCCUGGCCACCCGCAACCAGACCUCCUUCCGCGUCACCUGGCCCCGGCCCCCGGGGCCAGUGGAUGGCUACCAGGUGGCCCUCAUCCCCCUGGACGAGCCAGCAGCGAUGACCACCCAUGAGCUGCCUGGCUCUGCUGUCACCUUCGAGGUGGCAGGGCUGGCACCUGGCCAGGCCUUCGAGCUCUCUAUCCAGGCUCAGCGGGAGCAGCACCUUGGGGCGCCUGGCACCCUGCGCCUCCGCACCCUGCUUGCCCAGACUCUGCCCACCCGCGGCGGCUCUCCAGGGUCCUCUCAGGGCUCCCUGGGGUCCCCUGCGUCACCGCCGGCCCCAGCGUCACCACCAGCUCGAGGGUCACCAGCGUCCCCGAGGUCCCCAGUGCCACCAGGGUCCCCGGGCUCCCCGGCAUCACCAGUGUCACCGGAUGCCUCCUUGGGGUCCCCAGGCUCUGGGGGGUCUCUGCUGUCCCCAGCAUCUCCAAGGUUUCCAGCAUCCCCAGUAUCUCGAGGGUCCCCGGGGUCCCCGAGGUCCCCAGUGUCACCAGAGCCCCCAGCGGCCCCAGCAUUCCCAGAGUCCCCGGAGCCACCACUGUCCCCAAGGUCCCCAGAGGCAGCCACUCCUGCAGUGUCCCCAGAGUCACCUGGAUCUCCACGGUCCCCAGCAUCCCCCCAGUCCCCUGUGCCAUCUCCAUGGCCGCCGCUGUCCCCCCUGUCCCCUGUGCUCCCUGGCGUCCCAUCCCUGCAGGACCUGGGGGCUAAGCUCUCCUCCUACAACGGCUCCUUGCUGCAGCGCCUGGAGAGCCACCUCCGGGCUACCAAAUUCCCCCUGCGGGGCAACCAGACGGUGCCCGCCGUGGCCAGAGCCAUCCUCUCAUACCUGCUGCGCCGCAGCCCGGCCCCGCUACGCCAGCAGCUCCUCCGCCACCUCCCCCACCCCAAGCCUCACUCGGUGCCGGGGGCCAGCGGCGAGGCUCUGGUGGCCCUGGACGGGCUGCGGGGCCACGUGGAGGAUGUGGUGAUCCGGUACCGGCUCCUGGACGAGCCGCAGGGAGCUGAGGGGGAGCUGCAGGUGCCGGGGGACACGGCGGUGGCUCGGGUGCCGGGGCUGGUGCCGGGGGCCAUGUACCGGGUGGAGGUGCACGGCGUGGUGCGGGGGCGCAUCUCCAAGUCCUACACCUUCCUGGUGACGGCAGGGGGAGGUGGCACUGAGGAGCUGCCGCUGGACUGGCAGAAGGUGUAUGGAGAGGAGCUGGGCGAGCCCCAGGGGGCGCUGGCCAAAGCAGAACCAUCCCCCGAGCCAGAGGAGCCCCCGAGCCGGCCCCGCCUGGGUGAGCUCAGUGUGGCCCAGGUCACCCCUGGGUCGGUCCAGCUGGAGUGGAGUGUCCUGGAGGGCAGCUUUGACUCCUUCACAGUGCAGUACAGGGAUGCCCAGGGCCAGCCUCAAGCCCUGGCAGUGGAUGGUGGCUCCCGCAUGGUGACGGUGCCUGGGCUGGCCCCCUCCCGGCACUACAAGUUCCACCUGUACGGAGUGUGGGGCCGCAGGAGGGUUGGUCUCACCUCAACCGAGGCUAUCACAGCUCCAGCUCCAGAAGACGAGGAACCAACAUCCAAGCCAACCCUGGGCGAGCUGAGGGCCACUCACAUCACCCCCGAGUCCGUGCAGCUGGAGUGGAGCGUCCCCGAGGGCAGCUUUGACUCCUUCACGGUGCAGUACAGGGAUGGCCAAGGCCAGCCCCAGGUGCUGCCCGUGGACGGGGGUUCCCGCACGCUGACCGUGCCUGGCCUGUCCCCGUCCCGCCGCUACAAGUUCAACCUCUACGGGCUGUGGGGCCGCAAACGCCUGGGCCCCGUCUCCACCGACGCUGCCACAGCUCCAGAAGAUGAGGAACCAACACACAAGCCUACCCUGGGCGAGCUGAGGGCCACUCACAUCACCCCCGAGUCCGUGCAGCUGGAGUGGAGCGUCCCCGAGGGCAGCUUUGACUCCUUCACGGUGCAGUACAGGGAUGGCCAAGGCCAGCCCCAGGUGCUGCCCGUGGACGGGGGUUCCCGCACGCUGACCGUGCCUGGCCUGUCCCCGUCCCGCCGCUACAAGUUCAACCUCUAUGGGCUGUGGGGCCGCAAACGCCUGGGCCCCGUCUCCACCGACGCUGCCACAGCUCCAGCUCCACAAGAUGAGGAACCAACAUCCAAGCCAAUCCUGGGCGAGCUGAGGGCCACUCACAUCACCCCCGAGUCUGUGCAGCUGGAGUGGAGCGUCCCUGAGGGCAGCUUUGACUCCUUCACGGUGCAGUACAGGGAUGGCCAAGGCCAGCCCCAGGUGCUGCCCGUGGACGGGGGUUCCCGCACGCUGACCGUGCCUGGCCUGUCCCCGUCCCGCCGCUACAAGUUCAACCUCUACGGGCUGUGGGGCCGCAAACGCCUGGGCCCCGUCUCCACCGACGCUGCCACAGCUCCAGCUCCACAAGAUGAGGAACCAACACCCAAGCCUACCCUGGGCGAGCUGAGAGCCACUCACAUCACCCCGGAGUCUGUGCAGCUGGAGUGGAGCGUCCCCGAGGGCAGCUUUGACUCCUUCACGGUGCAGUACAGGGAUGGCCAAGGCCAGCCCCAGGUGCUGCCCGUGGACGGGGGUUCCCGCACGCUGACCGUGCCUGGCCUGUCCCCGUCCCGCCGCUACAAGUUCAACCUCUACGGGCUGUGGGGCCGCAAACGCCUGGGCCCCGUCUCCACCGACGCUGCCACAGCUCCAGAAGAUGAGGAACCAACACAGCAGCCAAUCCUGGGCGAGCUGAGGGCCACUCACAUCACCCCCGAGUCCGUGCAGCUGGAGUGGAGCGUCCCCGAGGGCAGCUUUGACUCCUUCACGGUGCAGUACAGGGAUGGCCAAGGCCAGCCCCAGGUGCUGCCCGUGGACGGGGGUUCCCGCACGCUGACCGUGCCUGGCCUGUCCCCGUCCCGCCGCUACAAGUUCAACCUCUACGGGCUGUGGGGCCGCAAACGCCUGGGCCCCAUCGCCACCGACGCUGCCACAGCUCCAGCUCCAGAAGAUGAGGAACCAACACAGCAGCCAAUCCUGGGCGAGCUGAGGGCCACUCACAUCACCCCCGAGUCUGUGCAGCUGGAGUGGAGCGUCCCCGAGGGCAGCUUUGACUCCUUCACGGUGCAGUACAGGGAUGGCCAAGGCCAGCCCCAGGUGCUGCCCGUGGACGGGGGUUCCCGCACGCUGACCGUGCCUGGCCUGUCCCCGUCCCGCCGCUACAAGUUCAACCUCUACGGGCUGUGGGGCCGCAAACGCCUGGGCCCUGUCUCCACCGACGCUGCCACAGCUCCAGCUCCAGAAGAUGAGGAACCAACACAGCAGCCAAUCCUGGGCGAGCUGAGGGCCACUCACAUCACCCCCGAGUCCGUGCAGCUGGAGUGGAGCGUCCCCGAGGGCAGCUUUGACUCCUUCACGGUGCAGUACAGGGAUGGCCAAGGCCAGCCCCAGGUGCUGCCCGUGGACGGGGGUUCCCGCACGCUGACCGUGCCUGGCCUGUCCCCGUCCCGCCGCUACAAGUUCAACCUCUACGGGCUGUGGGGCCGCAAACGCCUGGGCCCCGUCUCCACCGACGCUGCCACAGCUCCAGAAGAUGAGGAACCAACAUCCAAGCCAACCCUGGGCGAGCUGAGGGCCACUCACAUCACCCCCGAGUCCGUGCAGCUGGAGUGGAGCGUCCCCGAGGGCAGCUUUGACUCCUUCACGGUGCAGUACAGGGAUGGCCAAGGCCAGCCCCAGGUGCUGCCCGUGGACGGGGGUUCCCGCACGCUGACCGUGCCUGGCCUGUCCCCGUCCCGCCGCUACAAGUUCAACCUCUACGGGCUGUGGGGCCGCAAACGCCUGGGCCCCGUCUCCACCGACGCUGCCACAGCUCCAGCUCCAGAAGAUGAGGAACCAACACAGCAGCCAAUCCUGGGCGAGCUGAGGGCCACUCACAUCACACCUGAGUCUGUGCAGCUGGAGUGGAGCGUCCCCGAGGGCAGCUUUGACUCCUUCACGGUGCAGUACAGGGAUGGCCAAGGCCAGCCCCAGGUGCUGCCCGUGGACGGGGGUUCCCGCACGCUGACCGUGCCUGGCCUGUCCCCGUCCCGCCGCUACAAGUUCAACCUCUACGGGCUGUGGGGCCGCAAACGCCUGGGCCCCGUCUCCACCGACGCUGCCACAGCUCCAGCUCCAGAAGAUGAGGAACCAACACCCAAGCCUACCCUGGGCGAGCUGAGGGCCACUCACAUCACCCCCGAGUCCGUGCAGCUGGAGUGGAGUGUCCCCGAGGGCAGCUUUGACUCCUUCACGGUGCAGUACAGGGAUGGCCAAGGCCAGCCCCAGGUGCUGCCCGUGGACGGGGGUUCCCGCACGCUGACCGUGCCUGGCCUGUCCCCGUCCCGCCGCUACAAGUUCAACCUCUACGGGCUGUGGGGCCGCAAACGCCUGGGCCCCAUCUCCACCGACGCUGCCACAGCUCCAGCUCCAGAAGAUGAGGAACCAACAUCCAAGCCAACCCUGGGCGAGCUGAGGGCCACUCACAUCACCCCCGAGUCCGUGCAGCUGGAGUGGAGCGUCCCCGAGGGCAGCUUUGACUCCUUCACGGUGCAGUACAGGGAUGGCCAAGGCCAGCCCCAGGUGCUGCCCGUGGACGGGGGUUCCCGCACGCUGACCGUGCCUGGCCUGUCCCCGUCCCGCCGCUACAAGUUCAACCUCUACGGGCUGUGGGGCCGCAAACGCCUGGGCCCUGUCUCCACCGACGCUGCCACAGCUCCAGAAGAUGAGGAACCAACACAGCAGCCAAUCCUGGGCGAGCUGAGGGCCACUCACAUCACCCCGGAGUCUGUGCAGCUGGAGUGGAGCGUCCCCGAGGGCAGCUUUGACUCCUUCACGGUGCAGUACAGGGAUGGCCAAGGCCAGCCCCAGGUGCUGCCCGUGGACGGGGGUUCCCGCACGCUGACCGUGCCUGGCCUGUCCCCGUCCCGCCGCUACAAGUUCAACCUCUACGGGCUGUGGGGCCGCAAACGCCUGGGCCCUGUCUCCACCGAUGCUGCCACAGCUCCAGCUCCAGAAGAUGAGGAACCAACACAGCAGCCAAUCCUGGGCGAGCUGAGGGCCACUCACAUCACCCCCGAGUCCGUGCAGCUGGAGUGGAGCGUCCCCGAGGGCAGCUUUGACUCCUUCACGGUGCAGUACAGGGAUGGCCAAGGCCAGCCCCAGGUGCUGCCCGUGGACGGGGGUUCCCGCACGCUGACCGUGCCUGGCCUGUCCCCGUCCCGCCGCUACAAGUUCAACCUCUACGGGCUGUGGGGCCGCAAACGCCUGGGCCCCGUCUCCACCGACGCUGCCACAGCUCCAGCUCCAGAAGAUGAGGAACCAACACCCAAGCCUACCCUGGGCGAGCUGAGGGCCACUCACAUCACCCCUGAGUCCGUGCAGCUGGAGUGGAGCGUCCCCGAGGGCAGCUUUGACUCCUUCACGGUGCAGUACAGGGAUGGCCAAGGCCAGCCCCAGGUGCUGCCCGUGGACGGGGGUUCCCGCACGCUGACCGUGCCUGGCCUGUCCCCGUCCCGCCGCUACAAGUUCAACCUCUACGGGCUGUGGGGCCGCAAACGCCUGGGCCCCGUCUCCACCGACGCUGCCACAGCUCCAGAAGAUGAGGAACCAACAUCCAAGCCAACCCUGGGCGAGCUGAGGGCCACUCACAUCACCCCCGAGUCCGUGCAGCUGGAGUGGAGCGUCCCCGAGGGCAGCUUUGACUCCUUCACGGUGCAGUACAGGGAUGGCCAAGGCCAGCCCCAGGUGCUGCCCGUGGACGGGGGUUCCCGCACGCUGACCGUGCCUGGCCUGUCCCCGUCCCGCCGCUACAAGUUCAACCUCUACGGGCUGUGGGGCCGCAAACGCCUGGGCCCCGUCUCCACCGACGCUGCCACAGCUCCAGAAGAUGAGGAACCAACACAGCAGCCAAUCCUGGGCGAGCUGAGGGCCACUGACAUCACCCCCGAGUCUGUGCAGCUGGAGUGGAGCGUCCCCGAGGGCAGCUUUGACUCCUUCACGGUGCAGUACAGGGAUGGCCAAGGCCAGCCCCAGGUGCUGCCCGUGGACGGGGGUUCCCGCACGCUGACCGUGCCUGGCCUGUCCCCGUCCCGCCGCUACAAGUUCAACCUCUACGGGCUGUGGGGCCGCAAACGCCUGGGCCCCGUCUCCACCGACGCUGCCACAGCUCCAGCUCCAGAAGAUGAGGAACCAACACCCAAGCCUACCCUGGGCGAGCUGAGGGCCACUCACAUCACCCCGGAGUCUGUGCAGCUGGAGUGGAGCGUCCCCGAGGGCAGCUUUGACUCCUUCACGGUGCAGUACAGGGAUGGCCAAGGCCAGCCCCAGGUGCUGCCCGUGGACGGGGGUUCCCGCACGCUGACCGUGCCUGGCCUGUCCCCGUCCCGCCGCUACAAGUUCAACCUCUACGGGCUGUGGGGCCGCAAACGCCUGGGCCCCGUCUCCACCGACGCUGCCACAGCUCCAGCUCCAGAAGAUGAGGAACCAACAUCCAAGCCUACCCUGGGCGAGCUGAGGGCCACUCACAUCACCCCCGAGUCCGUGCAGCUGGAGUGGAGCGUCCCCGAGGGCAGCUUUGACUCCUUCACGGUGCAGUACAGGGAUGGCCAAGGCCAGCCCCAGGUGCUGCCCGUGGACGGGGGUUCCCGCACGCUGACCGUGCCUGGCCUGUCCCCGUCCCGCCGCUACAAGUUCAACCUCUAUGGGCUGUGGGGCCGCAAACAGCUGGGCCCUGUCUCCACCGACGCUGCCACAGCUCCAGCUCCAGAAGAUGAGGAACCAACAUCCAAGCCUACCCUGGGCGAGCUGAGGGCCACUCACAUCACCCCCGAGUCCGUGCAGCUGGAGUGGAGCGUCCCCGAGGGCAGCUUUGACUCCUUCACGGUGCAGUACAGGGAUGGCCAAGGCCAGCCCCAGGUGCUGCCCGUGGACGGGGGUUCCCGCACGCUGACCGUGCCUGGCCUGUCCCCGUCCCGCCGCUACAAGUUCAACCUCUACGGGCUGUGGGGCCGCAAACGCCUGGGCCCCGUCUCCACCGACGCUGCCACAGCUCCAGCUCCAGAAGAUGAGGAACCAACACAGCAGCCAAUCCUGGGCGAGCUGAGGGCCACUCACAUCACCCCGGAGUCCGUGCAGCUGGAGUGGAGCGUCCCCGAGGGCAGCUUUGACUCCUUCACGGUGCAGUACAGGGAUGGCCAAGGCCAGCCCCAGGUGCUGCCCGUGGACGGGGGUUCCCGCACGCUGACCGUGCCUGGCCUGUCCCCGUCCCGCCGCUACAAGUUCAACCUCUACGGGCUGUGGGGCCGCAAACGCCUGGGCCCUGUCUCCACCGACGCUGCCACAGGUGCCUCAGGGACGCUCUGGGUGGGCACCGUGUGGCCCCGCAGUGCCCUGCUGCAUUGGGUGCCCCCCAGUGUGCCCCCCAACGGCUAUGACCUCAUCUAUGGGCCCCCAGGAGGCCCCCAGAAGACGCUGAGGCUGCCCCCCGAGGCCACCUCGCAGCACCUAUGGGGCCUGGAGCCGUCAGGGCAUUAUGGGGUGCAGCUGUGGGGACGGGGGGGGGACACCCCCCCCACCCCAUUGGAGGUCACCUUUGUCACUCCUCCUCUGCCCCACCCCCACCCGCGGGACUGCGCCGAGGAGCAGCUCAAUGGUCCUGGCCCCUCCCGCCAGAGCCUCAUCUUCCUCGGGGGCGACCCCCACAGGCCCCUGACUGUCUUCUGUGACAUGGAGACCGACGGCGGUGGCUGGCUGGUGUUCCAGCGCCGCCAGGAUGGGAGCACCGAUUUCUGGCGGGGGUGGGAGGACUACGCCCGGGGCUUCGGCAACGUCAGUGGCGAGUUCUGGCUCGGGAACGAGGCCCUGCACGCCCUGACGGCCGAGACCCCCACGGAGCUACGCGUGGAGCUGCGCACCGCCGACGAGGAAGCCUUCGCCCGGUACCGAGACUUCGCCGUCGGCGGCCCCGAGGAGCACUUCAGGCUGAGCCUCGGCGCCUACCGCGGCACUGCCGGGGAUGCGCUCUCCUACCACGCCGGCAGCCCCUUCUCCACGCGGGACCGCGACCCCCACGGCCGCCCCCGGCCCUGCGCCGUCGCCUACACGGGAGCCUGGUGGUACCGGAACUGCCACUACGCCAACCUGAACGGCCGCUACGGGACCCCCACCCAGCACCAGGGCAUCACCUGGUUCCCCUGGAAAGGCUUUGGGGUCUCCCUGCCCUUCACGGAGCUGAAGCUGCGGCCACAGAGCCCCUGAGGGGGGGGGGGAGGCAGAGACUGGGGAGGGGGCGGCUGGGG